AAUCACAUUCAGAUGGAGGAGAGUUUUACCAUCAAUUUGGGCGCUCAGCUCAAGACUACUCAUAACCUGCGCCUAAUAUCUAUGGAUAUUCUCGACUUGUGUCGACUCAAACCCAGUCAUAAUUUCGGUCAAAAUACUCCCCAACGGAUCCAGACAGCGAUGUCUUUAUAUUCCAAUUCUCUGUCAGCUCUGGUCUUAUUAGUUGACAAUCGGAUUAACAGUUAUUCGGGAAUCAAAUUAGAAUUUCAUUUCCAAGACCUCGAGAUUCAAAUGCAAGAAUCGACGUCAAGGGCGGAACAGUUGAAACCCAAUGUGCUGAAGAAGAGCGGUUCCCAUAGCUUACAAACGGGUGACUUCUAUGCGACCAAACACUCGAACCUAUCGGAGGCUCACGUCGUCUUUCAUUUGGUUUGCGACGAUUCGCUGCGCUCUUCGGACAUUAAUUCCAGACAUCCCGUGAUUCUGGGCUUAAGAAACAUUAUGAAGACCUCACACCUCAACGAUAUCUCGAACAUUACGAUACCUCUGCUUCUCAUUCACGAAAUGACUGAAGAGAUUACUAUUCAAUGGUGUCUUAAGAGAGCGGAAUUGGUUCUGAAGUGCAUUAAAGGGUUUAUGAUUGAAAUGGCGUCCCUUUCCUCUGGUGGCGACGAGAAUCGUACGGUUCAGUUCGUGGUGCCCAAGGGCAUUUCUCACGAAUUAUUCGCGAAUCUGACGACAAUUCUUCCGAGUAUUUUCCGACUCUCCAACCCUCUGGUCCUGCGAUCCAGUUAUGACUUGGAAUAGACUGCAAACUCAAUCACCGAUUCAAAGCGAUUUCUUGUGGCUUUCCUAUCAAUUCAAAUAUUAAUUGUUUGUUCAAACUUUGAUUUUAUUCUCCAAUCAAAUUCUAUUGAGUUUUAAAUUUAAUAAUUCUAAUAUAGUUUUAUUCUUAAAUUACUGUCACUUAUGUAAGAAUUGAUAGUAUUCUCGCAUAAAUGUGUUUCUAUUGAAAGUUCCGGAG